CGUGGUAGCCUGCAGCUAACAGCUCUUGUUUGUUCAUUUAAUUCACUCAUUUUUAUAAUGGCAUCUAGCUUAAAUGGGUUAACUGUUGGAGAACCGCAUUCUGAAAAUCUUAUGGAAUCUCCAGCUAGGUCUGAAGGCAUGUUCUCUGCCAGGGAUGAAAUGUCCUUGCAAUAUUCACCAAUGUCAGAAGACUCAGAUGACUCUAGAUUUUGUGAGACCCCCAUAAAUACUUGCUCAUUCCAACCUGAGAGUUUGCCCACCAGUCCAGUUUCUCCCUACAGGUACCAAAGACCAUUUGGUGGGUUCUCUUCUGCUGCUUCUACCAGCUCGUAUUCAGUACAUGGCUGCCCUGCCACUAGCGUCAGCUGUUCACAACCUCGCCAACGAGGUUCAGAUUCUGAGGGUCGGUUUCCAUCCUCACCUAGUGAUAUCUGCCACUCAGCUGACUUGAGGAGGGCUGCACUCUUGCGAUCUGUGCAGAUGAGGACACAACCUCCUGGAUCAUCAUCUUUUGAUUUGCCUUUUGGUUCAGGGCAGGAGCCUAUACCUAGUAUAGAAGUAGAUGAGCGGCCAUGCCCAUAUAUGAAGUCCUUAGUUGAUGAGAGAGAUUAUCAUAUUGAAGAGUGUUCUUCAGUGCGUACCUCAGGACCUGAACUUAAUAAUGGAAAGUCAUGCAGAGCCUUGAAUAUGAGUAUAAAAGGGGAUGAAUUGGGAGAUUAAAACACUUAUGGAACUGGAUUAUCAAACUGACUUUGACUGCAUCUCGUAAGAUCGUGGUAGCCUGCAGCUAACAGCUCUUGUUUGUUCAUUUAAUUCACUCAUUUUUGUGAGUUUUGUAUCAGGUCUUCUUUUUACUGCAUAGAUAGAGAAUCUCGCAUCUUGAUAUCUCUUUCCACAACUAAGGAAGAUGGAAGUCUCUUUUUCCGGAAAACUUAAGCCAGCUGAGCGAGAAGCCUCCAUCCUUCCGGUCGUCCAUGCUCCAUGCCCAUAUAGUCUUAAUAUUGGCAAUCGCAUGCACCCAUUUGGAGGUGAUGAGGAUGCGACUAUACAUUGUGCACCUGCUUAUUUAAUAAUUUCUUGAUAUUGGUGGCACAAUCUGACCGAGUUAUCCCUUUGUAAAUCAGUAAUUUACACAUGAAGUGUUUGUUAUAUGGUCUGCUUUGAUUCUGAAAUGGGUUCGAGGUUUUGAUGAGAUGCAGAGAAGUUAGAAGUUAGCGUUAUGGUGUCUCAGUUUCAGGCAGCGAUGUUGUAUUGUACUUUCUGCCCUUCUUGUUCUUCUGUUCGACUGUCUCUCUCUUCUGAUUGAAAACUUUAUUUAUAUACUGUUCUGACGAUGAUAUCAAUGCACAAAACCAAAGAUUUUUCCUGCAUAA